AUGGCGGUCGGGGCAAGUUUAUUUAGAUAUUGUAUGAGGCAUCCUGCCCGAAUUCUUGUGAUAGGACUUCUUUUGCUUCUUGUGAUCGCUAGCAGGUUUCUCUACUCUUCAGUUCCAGAGCAGCAAAAUGCCCAGGAACUAAAUCUUGUGGCAGGAAGCCUAAUCCAACAUGUUCCCAAGAAUAUUGGCUGGAAGCAGAAUCAAGUGCAGCGUGAAAACGCAAAAAAACUGCAGCAAAGUUUACCUUCGAUGGACGAUGACAAAAAUCCACCUUCUAUGGUAGAUUUGAGCUUUAGUAAACUCAAAAAGAAAGAAGAUAAUUUAACGAAAAAGAUCAAAGGAGGAGUUAAAGACGACAGCAAGGUGGUAUCUGAUGCAGAAUAUAAAGUGAGGUUGAAAGAGGCAGAGGUUGAGACAGCCGAAAAUGAUUUAGAUCACAGGAAAAUGCAAAAUAAAGCACUGAAGAAAGACAUGCAACAUAAGAAUAAAGCUCAACACUCACCGUUCGAAAGCGAAGCAAGUGAUGAAGAGUUAAUUAAGAAGACAUCAUUGAUGGAAGAGAAGUCUCUUGUUCCUAACCAUAAAGGGCCUGAAAAAGUUUCCCAAGAAAACCACAGUGACAACCUCGAUGGAAAUCAAACUGUUAGGAAGAAGAAAAAGAAUGAAAAGAAAGGAGUAACUCCUGUUAUUUCACAGCAAGAGGAGAACAACAUUAUGAUGAUCCUUGCCAAAGUUUCCCAGACAAGCUCUUUAGCUAAAAGGUUCAAACGAUGUGUGUUGUCUAUCUGUGAACACUCCAGCAUAAAUUUGGCUUUUCAUAUUAUAACAGACAAAGUUGGAAAACUUACCUGUGAGGAUACAUUCAAUCAGGCUGGUAAAGUGUGUAAGCACAGCCUGAAUGUGAGUUAUUAUGAUGUUGACAAUGUAUCUAGUGAGCUCAAACCAAUCACUAAAGAAAUUCAGGUAUGUAUACAUUUCCUCUGAUACUGUUUUCUACAGAAUUUUUACAGUGCUAUCAAGGAGAAUUUGUUUAAUCUUUUAGCUCUCAUGGGUGACCAAGAUGGAAUUUCUCCUCACAAUAUCAAUAUAAUAUCAACCAGAUAAGUGAUGAGAAUAAAGAAAAAUGUCAAUUUGGGGAUAAUUAGUUGAUCCCAUACUAAAUUCUCUGAACUAACAUUAUAGGAAUUUUACAGUUGACAGUGAGGAGAAUUACAAAUUUGAUCUGGGAGUUAGAGGAUUAAAAAUAGGACACAAUAGAUGACAUAUUUGGGAUAACCACAAAAAUGAUUCUAGAAUGAAAACUUUUUUUUUUGAGUCCAAUUUAGAACAGACAAUUUAUGGAGAAAGGUGAAGUUUUUCCUCAUUUCUAUUUUACUUUAAGUUUUUGAAACAAAGCCAUGUGAUUGCAGGGCCAGACGCCUCUGUCCAGAUUGGCUCAUGUCAAUCCAUUCAGCCUUACAACAAAAACAUAAGAGUAUAAAACAUCAAUUAUGAUGGAAAUGUAAGAAUUAAUGAAACCUUCUUUUAAAUUUUAAUUCACAGAAUCUCUUCAGUAGUGGCACUAAUUCAUACUUCAAUCACCCUCUUUUCUUUGUAUCCACUGCCAUUCAUCAUGUGCUGCCGCAGACCAUGAAACGUAUCAUAUCACUGGACUCUGACCUGUUUUUCCAGGCAGACAUCAAGCAACUGUUUGCAAUAUUUGAUAACUUUAAAGCCACAACCAUAUUUGGUCUAGCACGAGAGCAGCAGCCUGUUUACCGACACAUUCUACACAUGUAUCGUGAUAGGCAUGCUGGUACAAAAGCUGGAGAACCGCCUCCAGAUGGAGCAACAGGUUUUAACAGUGGCGUCAUGUUAAUUGACUUACAACAUAUGCGUGACUCAAAGAAAUACAACCAGCUUCUUGAUAACAAUGCAGUGAUGGAGAUAGCAAGAAAAUACACCUUCCAAGGACAUCUUGGAGAUCAAGAUUUUUACUCAUUGCUCAACUUGGAUUAUCCUGAUUUUUUCCAUGUGCUUCCUUGUUCAUGGAAUCGUCAGCUCUGCACAUGGUGGAGGGAUCAUGGUUAUGCAGAAGUGUUUAAUUUAUAUCACAACUGUUCUGAGACAAUUCAUGUUUAUCAUGGAAACUGUGAGACUAAAAUGCCUAAUGAGUAACUGAGACUGGCAAGACUGACAUAAAGGCAGAGGAUGAUCAUGUUGAUAAUGUCCUGAUAAAGGCAAACACCAAUGUCUGGGGAAAAAAUCAAAAUGUCCCCCUUAGAAGGGUGUGGUUGUAGGUUUCCUCAGACCCCGUCUCCAGAGGCACCAGCCCUUAGUUAUGUGAAAACAGUAGAGUAACAUAGAAGAUGGUGACCUAAAGCUGGAGACUGACUGGUAACUUAUUGCCUACCAACUGCUCACAUACUCUCUGAAAAGUAUCUCUUUAUAUCACUCUCCACGAUCAUUUGUAUCUCAGCAAUUUAAAAUCAAAGUGCAACAGUUUUUGUACUCUUUUUUUAAUGUUUGCCGUGCUAAUAUCAGAAGCCAUAUUCUCCAUAUGCAUCUCUUUACAUUUCCUCUGGCACUGGUAAGGAGAAUUCCUUUAACAAUCAAAGCCUCUUAGGUUGGUUGUCAUUUCCUUUAUUCUCACAAUGUUAAUGAAUGAUUCAGCAGUAUUACUGUUAGGAGAAAUUAGAUACUGGUCACUCUAAGAGUUUAAAGGGUUAAUUCCCCAGAAAAUCCAUACUCACUAGUGACACUACAAGUUUUACUUUUUGUUGAUUUUUUUUUUUGAGGCACAUGAAAAUAUAAAUGUUUAUAAAGUAUAGAAGAGAUGUUUUAUGUUUAUGGGAAAAAGCAAGAGAAGUUAUCACCUGUACAUAUUCUGUUAUUCAUUUUACUGGUAUUGGGUUCAUUUUGCCUAAAGGUGAAAUAUAUGAAAUGGACACAUUUUUAACAUUACAAAUUAAAUGAGGUAUGUAAAAAAAUAACAAAAAAAAAUCAUCACAACAACGGCUGUAGUCUUGUUGAGAUAAGAGACUUCUCAUAGAAAGAACUUUGUUUGGGAGUUUAGUGGAAAUCAAACAAAGGGAAAUUGCAAGAGGUGCUAGCACUGUUUGUACUGGGAGGGUGUGUGUGUGU